UAGAACAUAUAUUGAUACUCGAGAUUUUGACGAGGAUUUCGCUGUAGCUCUCCCUCGCACAAUCGCACUAUAGGAUCUGGCGCGGAGUGGACCGAAUCUCCGAUGUUCUUUUUACUGUCAAACUAAAAAAGGGCUUUAGACAUUUACCAAAACAUGGUCAUGGAAGAUAGUCGCAAACCUUACAGUUACAAAGAGUACGUCGCGGGCUUGUUCGCCGGUGUUGCGACUGUCGUCGUUGGUCACCCCUUCGACACUGUCAAGGUUAAGUUGCAGAAACACAAUACUAAUGUGCAGGGGAUUACAUAUAGGAAUGGCUUCCAUUGCACUGCUAGGAUACUCGCAACUGAAGGGGUUAGAGGACUUUAUAUAGGGGCAACGCCAUCUUUUGUUGGGAUGGCUUUUGAAAGUUCACUUCUUUUUGGCAUUUAUUCACAAACAAAACAGUCACUGCAGGGAGGAGUUCAGAGUAGCAGGCCCCAGCCCCAAGUAAUAAUUCCUUCUGCUGCUUUCGCUGGAGCUAUUAUCAGUUUUGUUCUAUGUCCAUCAGAGCUAGUGAAGUGUAGGAUGCAAAUUCAAGGUACUGACUCUUUGGUUCCAAAGUGCAGUGGCUACAGUAGUUCUCUUGAUUGCACACUAAAAACCAUAAAAAGUGAUGGGGUUACAGGCGCCUUUCGUGGUGGCUCUACAACAUUUUUAAGGGAAUCUAUUGGAAAUGCAGUAUUUUUUAGUGUGUAUGAAUAUGUCCGUUAUUAUAUGCAUUUACAGCUAAAAUCUGGUUCAUCUGACCAUAACAAUUUGGUUGAUAUGGGAAUUGGAAUUCUGAGUGGUGGUCUGGGUGGUGUAGCUUUCUGGUCAACUGUUUUACCUUUGGAUGUGGCAAAAACCAUUAUCCAGACCGCUCCAGAUAAAAGCUCUCCGACAAAUCCGUUUCAAGUUUUAAAUUCGAUAUAUCGGAUGUCUGGACUUAGAGGAUGCUACACAGGCCUGGGUCCUACUAUACUGAGAGCUUUUCCUGCUAAUGCAGCUGCAAUCGUCACCUGGGAGGUAGCCAUGAAGCUUCUCGGAAUCAAGAACAACUAAGGAAGCUAAUAAUUAAUUCAUCUGAUCACAAGAGGCUUCUAACAUUUUCAAAGUUAUAUAAUUAGCUCGGUGGCUGAUCUUUCAUCUCACAUCUUGGCAUGGGUUGAUCCUUGGGAUUUCUAUGAUAUGACCUUGAAGUUUAAUUUCUUUUGCAGGAAAGAGUGCAAUAGUAUAGCACUUGAGCGGCUGAAACAAUCAUUAAUGUUUUUCGAGUUAUCCCCCCGAUUUUUUUUCAUGUCGGUGCAGGAAGAGUUUUUCACAGGUCUAUUGUUGUCUGCAUGAGGAUGCUUCUUUAUCAAAUAUUGGAUAAAUUUAUUUAAGCGAAUAUUAUAUACUUUAUUGAUUUGGUACUUC